AUGCUCUCAUCCCUCUCGCCCACUCUCAUACGCUCUCAUUCCCUCUCACCCACUCUCAUACGCUUCCAUUCCCUCUCACCCACUCUCAUACGCUCUCAUUCCCUGUCACCCCACUCAUACGCUCUCAUUCCCUCUUCACCACUCACAAACGCUCUCAUUCCUCUAACCACUCUCAUACGCUUUCAUUCCCUCUCACCCACUCUCUUACGCUCUCAUCCCUCUCACCCACUCUCAUACACUCUCAUUCCCUCUAUCCCACUCUCAUACGCUCUCAAUCCCUCUCACCCACUCUCAUACGCUCUCAUUCCCUCUCAACCACACUCAUACACUCUAUUCCCUCUCACCCACUCUCAUACGCUCUCAUUCCUCUCAUCACUCUCAUACGCUCUCAUUCCCUCUCACCCACUCUCAUACGCUCUCAUUCCCUCCACCCACUCUCAUACGCUCUCAUUCCCUCUCACCCACUCUCAUACGCUCUCAUUCCCUCACACCCACUCUCAUACGCUCUCAUUCCCUCUCACCCACUCUCAUACGCUCUCAUUCCCUCUACCCACUCUCUUACGCUCUCAUUCCCUCUCACCCACUCUCAUACGCUCUCAUUCCCUCUCGCCCACUCUCAUACGCUCUCAUUCCCUCUCACCCACUCUCAUACGCUCUCAUUCCUCUCACCCACUCUCAUACGCUCUAAUUCCCUCUCACCCACUCUCAUACGCUCUCAUUCCCUCUCACCCACACUCAUACGCUCUCAUUCCCUCUCACCCACUCUCAUACGCUCUCAUUCCCUCUCACCCACUCUCAUACUCUCUCAUUCCUCUAUCCCACUCUCAUACGCUCUCAUUCCCUCUCACCCACUCUCAUAUGCUCUCAUUCCCUCUCGCCCACUCUCAUACGCUCUCAUUCCCUCUCGCCCACUCUCAUACGCUCCCAUUCCCUCUCACCCACUCUCAUACGCUCUCAUUCCUCUCACCCACACUCAUACGCUCUCAUUCCCUCUCACCACUCACAAACGCUCUUAUUGCUCUAACCCACUCUCAUACGCUUUCAUUCCCUCUCACCCACUCUCUUACGCUCUCAUUCCCUCUCACCCACUCUCAUACACUCUCAUUCCCUCUAUCCCCACUCUCAUACGCUCUCAUUCCCUCUCACCCACUCUCAUAUUCUCUCAUUCCCUCUCGCCCACUCUCAUACGCUCUCAUUCCUCUCGCCCACUCUCAUACGCUCUCAUUCCCUCUCACCCACUUGAUACGCUCUCAUUCCCUCUCACCCACUCUCAUACGCUCUCAUUCCCUCUCACCCACACUCAAACGCUCUCAUUCCCUCUCACCCACUCUCAUACGCUCUCAUCCCUCUCAUCCACUCUCUUACGCUCUCAUUCCCUCUCACUUACACUCAUACGCUCUCAUUCCCUCUCACCCACUCUCAUACGCUCUCAUUCCCUCACACCCACUCUCAUACGCUCUCAUCCCUCUCACCACUCUCAUACGCUCUCAUUCCCUCUCACCCACUCUCAUACGCUCUCAUUCCCUCUCACCACUUUCAUACGCUCUCAUUCCCUCUCACCCACUCUCAUACGCUCUCAUUCCCUCUCACCCACUCCCAUACGCUCUCAUUCCCUCUCCCACUCUCAUACGCUCUCAUUCCCUCUCACCCACUCUCAUACGCUCUCACUUCCUCUCACCCACUCUCAUACGCUCUCAUUCCCUCUCACCCACUCUCAUACGCUCUCAUUCCCUCUCACCACUCUCAUACGCUCUCAUUCCCUCUCACCCACUCUCAUACGCUCUCAAUCCCUCUCACCACUCUCAUACGCUCUCAUUCCCUCUCAACCACACUCAUACACUACAUUCCCUCUCACCCACUCUCAUACGCUCUAAUUCCCUCUCAUCCACUCUCUUACGCUCUCAUUCCCUCUCACCCACUCUCAUACGCUCUCAUUCCCUCCACGCACUCUCAUACGCUCUCAUUCCCUCUCACCAACUCUCAUACGCUCUCAUUCCCUCCACCACUCUCAUACGCUCUCAUUCCCUCUACACCACUCUCAUACGCUCUCAUUCCCUCUCACCCACUCUCUUACGCUCUCAUUCCCUCUCACCCACUCUCAUACGCUCUCAUUCCCACUCGCCCACUCUCAUACGCUCUCAUUCCCUCUCACCCACUCUCAUACGCUCUCAUUCCCUCCCACCCACACUCAUACGCUCUCAUUCCCUCCCAACACUCUCAUACGCUCUCAUUCCCUCUCACCACUCUCAUACGCUCUCAUUCCCUCUUACGCUCUCAUUCCCUCUCACCCACUCUCAUACGCUCUCAUUCCCUCUCACCCACUCUCAUACGCUCUCAUUCCCUCUCACCCACUCUCAUACGCUCUCAUUCCCUCUCACCCACUCCCAUACGCUCUCAUUCCCUCUCACCCACUCUCAUACGCUCUCAUUCCCUCUCACGCACUCUCAUACGCUCUCACUUCCUCUCACCCACUCUCAUGCCCUCUCAUUCCCUCUCACCCACUCUCAUACGCUCUCAUUCCCUCUCACCCACUCUCAUACGCUCUUAUUCCCUCUUGCCCACUCUCAUACGCUCUCAUUCCCUCUCACCCACUCUCAUACGCUCUCAUUCCCUCUCACCCACUCUCAUACGCUCUCAUUCCCUUUCAACCCACUCUCAUACGCUCUCAUUCCCUCUCACCCAAUCUCAUAUGCUCUCAUUCCAUCUCACCCACUCUUCUACGCUCUCAUUCCCUCUCACCCACUCUCAUACGCUCUCAUUCCCUCUCACCCACUCUCAUACGCUCUCAAUCCCUCUCACACACUCUCAUACGCUCUCAUUCCCUCUCACCCACACUCAUACACACUCAUUCCCUCUCACCCACUCUCAUACCCUCUCAUUCCCUCUCAUCCACUCUCUUACGCUCUCAUUCCCUCUCACCCACUCUCAUACGCCCUCAUUCCCUCCCACCCACACUCAUACGCUCUCAUUCCCUCUCACCCACUCUCAUACCCUCUCAUUCCCACUCACCCACUUUCUUACGCUCUCAUUCCCUCUCACCCACUCCCAUACCCUCUCAUUCCCUCUCACCCACUCUCUUACGCUCUCAUUCCCUCUCACCCACUCUCAUACACUCUCAUUCCCUCAAACCCACUCUCAUACGCUCUCAUUCCCUCUCACCCACUCUCAUACGCUCUCAUUCCCUCUCGCCCACUCUUAUACGCUCUCAUUCCCUCUUACCCACUCUCAUACGCUCUCAAUUCCUCUCACCCACUCUCAUACCCUCUCAUUCCCUCUCACCCACGCUCAUACGCUCUCAUUCCCUCUCACCCACUCUCAUACGCUCUUAUUCCCUCUCACCCACUCUCAUACGCUCUCAUUCCCUCUCACCCACUCUCAUACGCUCUCAUUCCCUCUCACCCACUCUCAUACGCUCUCAUUCCCUCUCACCCACUCUCAUACGCUCUCAUUCCAUCUCACCCACUCUUCUACGCUCUCAUUCCCUCUCACCCACUCUCAUACGCUCUCAUUCCCUCUCACCCACUCUCAUACGCUCUCAUUCCCUCUCACACACUCUCAUACGCUCUCAUUCCCUCUCACCCACACUCAUACACACUCAUUCCCUCUCACCCACUCUCAUACCCUCUCAUUCCCUCUCAUCCACUCUCUUACGCUCUCAUUCCCUCUCACCCACUCUCAUACGCUCUCAUUCCCUCCCACCCACACUCAUACGCUUUCAUUCCCUCUCACCCACUCUCAUACCCUCUCAUUCCCACUCACCCACUUUCUUACGCUCUCAUUCCCUCUCAUUCCCUCUCAUACCCUGUCAUUCCCUCUCACCCACUCUCUUACGCUCUCAUUCCCUCUCACCCACUCUCAUACACUCUCAAUCCCUCUCACCCACUCUCAUACGCUCUCAUUCCCUCUCAACCACUCUCAUACACUCUCAUUCCCUCUCACCUACUCUCAUACCCUCUCAUUCCCUCUCAUCCACUCUCUUACGCUCUCAUUCCCUCUCACCCACUCUCAUACGCUCUCAUUCCCUCCCACCCACUCUCAUACGCUCUCAUUCCCUCUCACCCACUCUCAUACGCUGUCAUUCCCUCUCACCCACUCUCUUACGCUCUCAUUCCUUCUCACCCACUCUCAUACACUCUCAUUCCCUCUAACCCACUCUCAUACACUCUCAUUCCCUCUCACCCACUCUCAUACGCUCUCAUUCCCUCUCGCCCACUCUCAUACGCUCUCAUUCCCUCUCACCCACUCUCAUACGCUCUCAUUCCCUCCCACCCACACUCAUACGCUCUCAUUCCCUCUCACCCACUCUCAUACGCUCUCAUUCCCUCUCACCCACUCUCAUACACUCUCAUUCCCUCUUGCCCACUCUCAUACGCUCUCAUUCCCUCUCACCCACUCUCAUACGCUCUCAUUCCCUCUCACCCACUCUCAUACGCUCUAAUUCCCUCUCACCCACUCUCAAACGCUCUCAUUCCCUCUCACCCACACUCAUACGCUCUCAUUCCCUCUCACCCACUCUCAUACGCUCUAAUUCCCUCUCACCCACUCUCAUACGCUCUCAUUCCCUCUCGCCCACUCUCAUACGCUCUCAUUCCCUCUCACCCACUCUCAUACGCUCUCAUUCCCUCCCACCCACACUCAUACGCUCUCAUUCCCUCUCACCCACUCUCAUACGCUCUCAUUCCCUCUCACCCACUCUCAUACGCUCUCAUUCCCUCUUGCCCACUCUCAUACGCUCUCAUUCCCUCUCACCCACUCUCAUACGCUCUCAUUCCCUCUCACCCACUCUCAUACGCUCUAAUUCCCUCUCACCCACUCUCAAACGCUCUCAUUCCCUCUCACCCACACUCAUACACUCUCAUUCCCUCUCACCCACUCUCAUACCCUCUCAUUCCCUCUCACCCACUCUCUUACGCUCUCAUUCCCUCUCACCCACUCUCAUACGCUCUCAUUCCCUCUCACCCACUCUCAUACGCUCUCAUUCCCUCUCACCCACACUCAUACGCUCUCAUUCCUCUCACCCCUCUCAUACGCUCUCAUUCCCUCCCACCCACCUCAUACGCUCUCAUUCCCUCUCACCACUCUCAUACGCUCUCAUUCCCUCUCACCCACUCUCAUACACUCUCAUUCCCUCUAACCCACUCUCACACGCUCUCAUUCCCUCUCACCCACUCUCAUGUUAUAGACUAA